CCAAUGGCGACCGUACAUAGGCACAACCUACCCGCUGUAGUCCGUAUAAUCCAACUGGGCCAAAUUGUUUUCCAUGGGUCGCCUCUUCUAGUGGGAAUCCGACAAGGUUGUUACGUUGAGAAAGUUGCCAGCAAACGUCUUUCUCGGUGACCAUUCGGUGAUGAUGCCCUCGGCGUCCAGGCGUGUGUCCACCUGCCCUCCUGAAACGCACUGACAGAAAUGAGUAAAGACGAUGCACGGGUCGAAAUGGACCUGGCUUUUGGAUCAACCAAGCCCUACGGGUCCUCGAGGAGUAUUGUGAGGAGAAUCGCUACUAGUCUUCCUCUCAAGCCCUGCCCCAGGGUUCAUUUUCAGCUUCAUCCGUACACCGAGAACGCCGGUGUCCUGAUUGGUGCCAGGAGGCAGCACUGUCAGGUGGCAUCUCUGGCUGAUAUCAGCUGGAUUGACGGGGAUGAGGAAGAGGAGAAUGAUGAUGAUGAAGGCUACCUUGGCAGACCCAGCAGGUCAGGGAUUCCAAAGGGACUCGUGUUUCGAGCCCAUCAGCCUCAUCCUCAGAGAAGACCAUUAACUCGCCGGAGGUCGCUGCCCAGCCUGAACCAGGGGGCUCCGGACCCCCAGGGGCCAACAGCCGCCAAUGACGAGGCCAUUCAGAAGAUCAGCGCACUGGAGACGGAACUCUCCAAGCUCAGAGCGCAGAUUGCACAAAUCGUGCUGGCUCAGGAGAAGAGCGCACAGACAGCUGCAACCACCGGACCCCCUCCUCCUCCCCCUGCACCCUGCGGCGCCCUGCCUCCCCCUCCUCCACCACCACCCCCUCCUCCACCACCACCCCUACCGCCCCCAAAUCUCCAGCGGACAUUUUCAGCCAUAGAUAUGAUAAAAGAGCGCAGAGGGAAGAAGACCGACGGACAGACGGUUUUGGAUUCCAAGCCGGCAGAGAUCCCCAGCAUGCUUGAUGUCCUGAAGGACAUGAGUAAAGUCAAGUUGCGCUCAGUCAAAAGCCGUCCAGUGGAGGGAGUUGCCAACGCUAAGUCCGGUGCGCCCACGGACGCCGCCACUCUCAUCGCCGAGGCCCUGAAACGCAAGUUUGCCCACCGCUAUCGACACGACAGCGAACACAACGACAAGGAUGACUUCAAACUUCCCGUUCCGGACGUGAAGCCUCGAACGGAAACGCCUUUGUUCGGGCAGCACAUGUUGAAAUCAACCGGAAAAAAGAACUUGCUCUGAACAGCUGAUUCUGAAGUGGGACUCCAGAAAGUACUGUGGUCAUUUUAAAGUGCCUUAGCAAAACUUUCAAUAUCUGCUGUCUCUUUGGGAAAACAAAUGGCUUGUGCCUGAACUGCAAGUAUCAAUCAUCUCAUAAUUGUGGCGUCCGUUCAUCAUCCUGACCAGGUUUGUUUUUGCACUUUUAUAACAUAUAUUAGCUUUUUGUUUUACAAAAGUGACUUUUUUUCGUUAAGCUUUCGUUUUUAAAUUCAUCACAGUCCUGAGAAAACGUCAGAAGCAUAAGAGUUCUUAAAGCAACACUAUACAAACUUUUAAUAUUAUUUUUUUGUUCAGUCGUCAUAAGGUUGAACAUGUGCACAUAGCUGGUCAGUUUUUCGCCCUCGUUUCUAACGGGUCUGUGAAAAUCUGAAGUUCUUCUUCCACAGAAGAAAGCAAGCACUUUCUUAAUUGUGGGAUGUCGUUGAUGUAUUGUUUAUAUUUGUAUACAGACUUGUAGACUAAUUUAUGAUUGGAAUCUGUGUAUUUAUGUUGUGGUAGAUUUAGUAUAUUUUUGUUCAUAACAGUUAAUUAUGCCUUAGGUUCAUUGUAAUUAUUUGCGUUAUGUUGAAUCUGUGUAAUAUGUGUCGUAGUUGCAAAUCUUGCCAUGUUUUUUAAUAUUUUUUGCUAGUUAAAGCAGUUUUAGUUGGCAUAAUUUAUCUCUUUACUACAACUCUCUUUUAAGAGCCAAAGACAUUCCAGUGAUGCUCAGGCAUAUUCUGUCUUUAACUGCCAAACUUGACCUUUUCAUUUACCUUCCUUUUUUUUAAACCGCCUGGUCUCCCAUGAUGAUUAAAUAAUGAGGAAAAGAUACUAUAACUGUUAAGCAAACAUGGGGCACUUAAGGUCCAUGUGCAGUGUUUGUAGAUAUUUUGAUAAGAUUCGCUUCUCGCUGCAGGACUCAACCUUUGCCAGAAUGUUGACUCAUAGUUCAACAUCAACACCAUCAACAAAUACUGCUUGUUUAAACAAAAGUAAUGGGUCCUAAGGUGCCCACCGUUAUCAGUAUCCCAAAGGCAUCAAACCGGUGUUAUUGCCAGUAACCAUCAUGUUUUCAUGCCUCUGUUUAGAAAUGUGAUGUACUCGACUCUUCGGAUUUGAGGUUUUUAAGGCAGUAUUUUGUUCAGUGACUGUUCACUCAUUGUUACCUGUUCUGACCAAUAUAUAAAUAUAUAUUUAUAUGUCCGUGUAGUUGCUGCUUUAAUUCAACUCUUGUUUUUAAUAAGGGAAAGUGGACCAGAUGUGUCAGUAAUUGAGUGAUUUAAAUUCAUUAGUGGAAGUUUUGUAGAAGAGAUGUCUUCCAUGAAAAUCUACUUGAAUUGUAAAAUCGAAAUAAAAGUUUAUGGUCGUUCA